CGCGCAGGACUGGCAACUCAGUGACGCUGUCUGAGCUUGGUGUGCGCAGAGCAGAGCAGGUGGAGCGGGCCGGCCGGGGCGGAGCGGAGCGGUCCGCAGAGCAGCCCCUCCCGGCCUCGGCCGACCCCGGCCCUCGGCCCGGCUCUAUGGACAGGAGCUCGCUGCUACAGCUAAUCCAGGAGCAGCAAUUGGAUCCUGAGAAUACAGGCUUCAUCGGUGCGGACACCUUCGCUGGUCUGGUACACAGCCAUGAGCUGCCCCUGGACCCUACCAAGUUGGACAUGUUGGUGGCUCUGGCUCAGAGCAACGAACGGGGCCAGGUCUGCUACCAGGAGCUGGUGGACCUGGUCAGUGCCAUGAUCAGCAGCAAGCGCUCCAGCAGCUUCAAGAGGGCCAUUGCUAAUGGACAACGGGCGCUGCCCCGGGAUGGACUGCUAGAUGAGCCAGGACUGGGUAUCUACAAGCGGUUUGUGCGAUAUGUGGCCUACGAGAUCCUGCCCUGUGAGGUGGAUCGCCGCUGGUACUUCUACCGGCACCGCAGCUGCCCACCCCCUGUGUUCAUGGCCUCUGUCACCCUUGCCCAGAUCAUCGUGUUCCUGUGCUACGGGGCACGUCUCAACAAGUGGGUGCUCCAGACCUACCACCCUGAAUACAUGAAGAGCCCUCUAGUGUAUCACCCAGGACACCGUGCUCGAGCCUGGCGCUUCCUCACCUACAUGUUCAUGCAUGUUGGGCUGGAGCAGCUAGGGUUCAAUGCCCUCUUGCAGCUGAUGAUUGGGGUGCCCCUGGAAAUGGUGCACGGUGUACUACGCAUCAGCCUGCUCUACCUGGCAGGUGUGCUGGCAGGCUCCCUGACCGUCUCUAUCACAGACAUGCGUGCCCCUGUGGUAGGGGGCUCUGGAGGGGUCUAUGCCCUGUGCUCAGCACACCUGGCCAAUGUUGUCAUGAACUGGGCUGGGAUGCGGUGUCCAUACAAGCUGCUGAGGAUGGUGCUGGCUCUGGUGUGCAUGAGUUCCGAAGUGGGCCGGGCUGUGUGGCUGCGCUUCUCCCCACCACUGCCUGCCUCAGGCCCACAGCCCAGCUUUAUGGCACACCUGGCUGGUGCAGUGGUAGGUGUAAGCAUGGGCCUUACCAUCCUUCGAAGCUAUGAGGAGCGCCUGAGGGACCAGUGCGGCUGGUGGGUGGUGCUACUUGCCUAUGGCACCUUCCUGCUUUUCGCCAUCUUCUGGAACGUCUUUGCCUAUGACCUGCUGGGUGCCGAUAUCCCCCCUCCACCUUGACCUGCUCCUUAGGGCCAUAUGGCUAGAGCCUGGCCUACAGUGGGUCAGCCACCAGGUGGGCCUGCAUGUCUGCCCUCUAUGAAUGGACCUCUCAGGGCUGCUUUUCCCUACAGGGGCAGGCAGGCCCUGUGGUCUACCAGGUUGAGGCCAAAUCUUAAGGCAGCCCUUGCUGCCCCUCCUAAGCCUUUCUGGGGGAGGGGUGCUACUAGGCCAGGGCUGGGUGGAGGUCCUUGAAUGUGGCCCUAGAGGAGAUCCCCUCCCUCCCCACUGAUCCCCAGGACUUGCAGUCUGAGCCUUUUUGGAGAAUGAAUAAAUAUUUUACACAGCA